CCGUGGGGUCCCGGGACCCCAUAGGACUCAAGGUGGGUCCGCCUCUGAUGAUAAAUAUUUGCUUGAAUAAUGAUUAAUGCAUAAUGACUAUAAGUGUUACAUUGAUAAAAAAAAUACAUAUGAUGCUAUUUAGAAAAAGUCAUUAUAUUUUAGUGUAAUUUAGAAAAAGAUAGCAAAAAGGCAGUAAAAUGUCUAGCAAUGGCGUCGUCCUAGCCGACACAAACUCCAAUAUUAACAAUUAUAAGGUGCCGCUACUCCAAUAUUCAUCCGACAACAAUAAUCACAGAGGCGACCAAGGAGAAGAAGAAGAAGAAGAUAGAAGAAAGUUCUCGAGGAGAUAUUGGGUCGAAUCCAAGAAGCUAUGGCAGAUAGUGGGGCCCGCCAUCUUCAGCCGCAUCGCCUCUUACUCCAUGUUCGUCAUCACCCAAGCCUUCGCCGGCCACCUCGGCGAUCUCGAGCUCGCCGCCAUGUCCAUCGCCAGCAACGUCGUCCUCGGCUUCGACUUCGGCCUCAUGCUCGGAAUGGCCAGCGCUUUGGAGACACUGUGCGGGCAGGCGUACGGGGCGAAGAAGCACGAGAUGUUGGGAAUAUAUCUGCAGCGUUCGUGGGUGGUUCUGCUCCUGUGCGGCGUCGCGAUGAUGCCUCUGUUCCUAUUCGCCACGCCGCUUCUGAAGCUGCUCGGGCAGCCGGAGGCGGUGGCGGAGCUGUCCGGGGUGGUGGUGAUGGCUUUCGUGCCCUUGCACUUCUGCUUCGCGCUCCAGUUCCCGGUGCAGAGGUUCCUGCAGAGCCAGCUGAAGAAUCCGGUGAUCGCCGCCGUGAACUUGGUGGCGCUGGUGGUGCAUGUCAUGGUCAGCUGGCUCGUCGUUUACCGCCUCCGGCUGGGAAUCGUCGCCACCGCAAUGACCUUGAAUUUCUCGUGGCUCGUUAUAUUUCUCGGGCUGUUCGGGUACACUGUCUGCGGCGGCUGCCCGCUUUCGUGGCCCGGUUUCUCCAUGGAAGCUUUCACUGGUCUUUGGGAUUUCUUUAAGCUUUCCGUCUCUUCUGGAGUCAUGCUAUGCUUGGAAAAUUGGUACUACCGAAUACUGAUUGUGAUGACUGGCAAUCUGGAAAAUGCUGAAAUCGCUGUUGAUGCCUUGUCCAUAUGUAUGAGCAUUAAUGGCUGGGAAAUGAUGAUUCCUCUUGGUUUCUUUGCUGGAACUGGAGUGAGGGUGGCGAAUGAGUUGGGAGCAGGGAAUGGGAAAGGAGCAAAGUUUGCUACACUGGUAUCAGUCACACAUUCCACCAUUAUUGGCUUCGUCUUCUGCCUCCUAAUCCUCAACUUCCACGCCAAGCUUGCCCUUAUCUUCUCCUCUAGCAAACCUGUCCUUGAUGCUGUCCAACCUCUCUCAGUCCUCCUGGCUUUCACAAUCCUUCUCAAUAGCGUUCAACCUAUUCUCUCAGGGGUGGCUAUUGGAUCAGGGUGGCAAGCAUAUGUAGCAUACAUAAACCUGGGUUGCUACUAUUUGCUAGGAGUCCCUCUUGGCGUUAUUAUGGGAUGGGUCUUCCACCAAGGAAUCUUGGGAAUAUGGGCUGGGAUGAUCUUUGGUGGAACGGCAGUACAAACUCUAAUAUUGUGUAUAAUCACCUUGCGAUGUGAUUGGGAAAAAGAGGCUGAGAAAGCAAAUAAACAUGUAGAGAAGUGGGAAGGUGUACGUCAGAACUCUUUGUAGAGAUUUGAGAUGAUCAACUAAGCACAAUCAACUUGAUAAGCAUCAAAAGGUUUUCAUUCAUAGCUUGACAUUUGAGGAUUAGUUUUGAUUCAUAGCCUAAUAAAUACAAAGAGUACAUAGAUAUGUACUUAAAACAUAUACUCAGUCUUUAGUUAUAAUUAUUAUAUUAGACUUGUGUUUAGCGAAACUAUCUAUAUAUAGUACCCAAAUUCUAUAUACAUUAUAUUCUCCAUGCAACUUGCGUUUUGAUGGGAUAUUUGCAUUGACAUGGUAUGAUGAGAGAAAUUUGUCUAAAUUUAUUUGGAUAAAGCUAUCUCUACCCC